AUCCAGUAGCUAUCUUGCGGUUUACGCGAAGCCACCCAUACAACGCCUCAGCACCUUCGGUGCGGGCGGGUUUUUCCUGUCAUUUUCUUUCCCACCAUUUCACUACUUUCUUUAUUUUUUCAUCGCAAUGCAACUGUGCCUUUUACACCAACUCUAGGCCUAAGUCCAUCCGUUGUCUAGUUUCUAUCGUGAAACGGCUGCGCUGGCAGCUAUGCAACGCGUGAGAUGGCUCGGUACAUCAGUUCCAACGCUUACCUCAGCGUAGCUGUUGCAUGGUGCGGGCUGUUCAGGUUUAUUGCGCGUGUUUGCGCAUAUUUUUUUGGGUCCAAGUCCACGUUGUGGACCAAAUGUGCGCGACAAGUUGCUGGCAAAACGGCAGAUUUUAGCUUGCAGGAACUUACCAGCAGUGAUUUGCCUCCUCCGCUCCUCUUAGAGAUUGGUAAUGGGCCUACAGUGUCUCUGGUCUCUUUGGAAAGCAAGCAGGUGCUUUGCUCUGCCCACAGCCCGCUGGAGGCGUUGCGGGCACUGAACACUGCAGGCACUUCAAAGCAGGCGCCGCCCACGAAUGGCCAUGUGAAACUGCCUAAGGGCAAUCUUGCAGUGCUGGUGGGCUGCGACGGGGACGUUUGGGAGGCAGCGGUUGCUGCAAGUACUUUGAGGGAGAAGGUGAAGGAGCUGUCAGGCAUGGAUGCCUUGCCGCCCGUGGUGCUUGAUCGGGGCGCGCAAGCCGUAUCGCUUGUCAAGCUUGGCAAGGACGUCGCUCACGGUGAAGUGAUUUGCUCGGCCCCAGCCAUUGCCGAUGCGCUAGCAGUUCUCGCUGUCCCGUGAAGUCUCGCGUAUAGGGGCUCAAGGCGUUGCUUGCCUCCUGCGUUCUUGGUCGACAUAGCGCGACAAGAAUUCAACCAAUGACUUGCAAGUUGCCGCCGCAAAUCUUUAACCCUUGUUAACUUAUAGCCACUGAUCCCGCGUGUUUACAUCAAUAGAUGUUGCUGACUGCUUUCGACUAUGGGACGCCUCCCCAACAAAACCAGUGAAAUUAGCGUUAGAGUCAGGCCGAUCCAGAUUGUGGCCAUUUCUUCGCGCAGAGGUUUAUUGGCGUAGAGGCGACGUGGCUUGCGCACCGAGCACAUUGUCAAUAUGGCGCCCGCAGACGGGCAAAGUUUUCCUGACCUCCACGCAGGAGGAAUUUGGCUUUGGACAACUGGCGGUUAGUGAACCGCAUAUGUGUUGUCCAAAUUUGUUCGAGAUUGCCAACAGUUCACCGUGCCGCGUUGGAUAAAUUUGCCUUCCUGCCCGGAGCGAUUUUUGAAUGCGUAUUAGCAGUUGGAAAACACAGCGUGCUGGAAUCGAAGACUUGCAGUCCUUGCGUCCUGGACCUUGCCUUUCCCGACCAUGCAGUACGUGCAGUGUGUGUGUGCCCCUUGUAGUCACAGGGAUUCUUUUGAAUUGUUUUCGUUUACUUCAGCAGGGGG